ACGAGUUUACGCUACGAUGCGAUCGGUUACAUUUGGAGUUAUUUUUAUUUUCGUUACGCUACUACUGUUAGGUGGAAGUGCUUCCUGUAACGAUGAUCCUAGCCGCUUCGAUGAACAUAUUUUGAAGUACGUCCGUAGUGAGACAACUGAAGAAGUGCAACAGCGCGCUGUCUCGGAAUUGAUCGUUCGUUUGCUCCCGGAGCGAGUCGAUGAGUUCAAGGUCAUCGUUGAUAGCUCACUCAAACGGAACUCUUUUAAGAUCAACAAACAGAAAGAGCUAGACAAAGUUUUGAUCACUGGAUCAAGUGGGGUCGCAGCAGCUAAGGGAUUGUACCAUUAUUUGAAGUAUUUUUGUGGAUGUCAUAUAUCAUGGGACGGAGAUCAACUGGAUCUUCCUGAUGUGUUACCCAACGCAGAUAUAACAAUCGAAGCUACAAGCAGCAUUGUGUACUAUCAGAAUGUGUGUACCUGGUCCUAUUCGUUCACUUGGUGGACUUGGAAGGACUGGCGUCGCCAUAUCGAUUGGAUGGCACUUCAAGGCAUAACUCUCGGCCUAGCACCCUUCCAGGAAGAUAUCUGGACCGAGAUCUACGAAGAGUAUAACCUGACCCAACAUGAUAUUGACGCACACCUAUCGGGGCCAGGGUUCUUUGCUUGGCAACGAAUGGGAAACAUCCGAGGUUGGGGAGGUCCACUGACCGAGAACUUCAAGAGAUUCUCGUCCGCCCUUCAGAAGCAGAUAAUCCGUGAAAUGCGCCGAUUUGGUAUGACCUUGGCUUUGCCGGCCUUCGCAGGUCAUCUACCGGUAGCAUUCCGAGACUUGUUUCCCAAUGCCAGUCUCUCAUCGGUAGAUAUUUGGAACGGGUUUCCUGCCCAAUACGCCAGUCCACUGUUUUUGGAUCCCGUAGAUCCCCUAUUUCGGGAAAUAGGAAAAAAGUUCCUGGAGAAAUCGAUCGCGCGAUACGGCACCGAUCACAUCUACUUCAGUGAUCCGUUCAACGAAGUUCAACCCCGAUCCAACAGUGCCAAAUACCUGGCGAAUGCGGCAGCCGGGAUUUAUCAGACCAUGGCCGAAGCCGAUCCCCUGGCGGUUUGGCUGCUACAGGGAUGGAUGUUUGUGAAGAACCCGUUCUGGAGUGAUCGUAUGAUCCGGUCCUUCAUGACAGCUGUGCCAAUUGGGCGAAUGUUGGUGUUGGAUCUUCAGUCUGAGCAGUUCCCACAGUACAUCCGGACUCAGUCGUACCAUGGGCAACCUUUUGUGUGGUGUACGCUGAGCAACUUUGGAGGUACUUUGGGAAUGUUCGGAUCUAUGGAUUUGGUAUUCGAGCGGAUGCGACUGGCCAUGAGUAACGAAAAUUUUACCAUGAUCGGAACCGGAAUCACACCAGAAGGCAUCAAUCAAAAUUACGCGUUGUAUGAGCUAACUCUGGAGCUGGGAUGGAACCCGGAAAUUGCAAGCGUUGAAGACUGGAUAGUGACCUAUGUGAGAAAUCGGUAUGGUGGAGAUUAUGCGGCUGCUAUCGAUGCUUGGAAAAUUUUUCUGAGAACCGUGUAUUCAUUCAGAGGUUUGGAGUUGAUGCGAGGAAAGUACACGUUCAACAGACGCCCGAGUCUAAAAAUUCAACCUUGGGUUUGGUACAACGUCACAGAUUUCAAACAAGGAGUGGAACUCUUGCUGUCCACAAAUGCCACCAACAAUUUGUUCAAGCGUGACGUAGUCGAUGCCACCAGGCAGUUUCUACAAAACAUCGCAGACCGAAUCUACCUCAACGUCAUCGAUAGCUAUAAGUCCCGGCGCCCGAUGAGCUUGCAAAAAUUCUCUCAGCUGUUUCAAGAUCUUUUGAAAGACAUCGAUCGGUUACUGCGAACGUAUGAGCAUUUUCUGCUAGGCCGUUGGUUGGCAUCAGCCAGAUCACUUGGUCAAACAAGUUUGGAAAAACAAAAGUACGAGUACAACGCACGGAAUCAAAUUACCCUGUGGGGUCCGCAAGGUCAGAUCGUAGAUUAUGCCAACAAGCAGUGGGCCGGAGUAGUGAAAGACUUUUUCCUUGAAAGAUGGCGAUUAUUCUUCAAUGAAUUAGAGAACGCAUUAAGCACUAACGGGACCGUCAACGAUACUAAACUUCGCGAUAAAAUAUUCCGAACCGUUGAGCUUCCCUUCGUUACGGACAACAAGCGAUAUCCGGUAAAGGCGGAAGGUGACGCGCUUGUUGUGGCACUUGGAAUCUUCCAAAAGUGGACGCAAUUGGACUGUGAUCUCAAAGAACUUCCAGUAUCGGCACCAGUUGGAAAGAAAAAAGUAAGAAAACUUCCCAACGAAUAAAUGAUUUUUAUUGUAGACAAUUUUGAAAUCAUGGUUCAUGAAACACACUUAAAUU